UGGGAGAGAGCCUGCUGGGAGGGGGGGGGAGAAGGCUUAAACAUUUGUUUCCAUAUGUUAAGAAGACCACCCUUGGAUGACAAUGGCCUUCUAGCCUGGACGCAUUUUUUUUUUUUGGGGGGGUUCAUUUGGCCCCAUGUGACACUGUUCUUAUGUAGCGGCCUCUCUUCGCCUUUUUCGUUCUUUGCUUGGGGGAUUAAAGGGAAGGUGUGUGUGUGUGUCAGUACAAGUGUACGCCUGCACCGAGAUUCCUGUUAUCAGGACUGACUGCUCCCUCUGCUCACCUUUCUUCCAGGUACCUUCCCCACCAGGGGGCCAAAACCUGGCACAGGGACCCCCGCUCCUGCUGCCGGAUCCCGCCGACUACUGGGUCACACUGGAUUAAAAUAGACCAAGUGGAUUACAAAGUUGUUUGGGAAGUCUGGAUGGAAAACACAGGGACUUCUUUUCUGGAUAGAAAACGCCGGAUAAGCUAUUGAUGUACGCCGACAUCUAAGGACUCAGAGGAAUUUGGCCAGCUGCCGGAUAGAGAAGCCCCUGCUUGUCUGGAUUAGACUAGAGACGAAAUCAUAAAGAGGAAGUAAAGGUGAAGAUUGCACUCUUCUGCUCUGAUGGACUCUCCUCUCUUCAGGAUGAAGCCAACUUUUCUCCUCUACCCAUAGACAGCUGGACGGCCAGCCGGCCCUUCCACUGUAGGCAGCCCCUGCAGUGCUGACAAUGCUCGGCUGCUCUCCAGUCCUGCUCUCCGCCUUGUGUUGGGUCUUAUUCACGUACUGGACAUCUGUGAAAGCUGACGAGUGUGCGGAGCGCUGUGACCUGUACCACGGACACUGCGACGAGGAAGGAGUGUGCAGGUGUGACCCUGGCUGGGACGGCACGUACUGUGAAGACUGUGUGAGGAUGCCAGGCUGCGUUCAUGGGGUGUGCCACCAACCUUGGCAGUGCAUGUGUGAGAGCGGCUGGGCCGGCAAUUUCUGUGACAGAGACCUCCACCUAUGUGAACACUCAGAUCCCUGCCAGAAUGGAGGCGAAUGUGUCAUCACUGCAGAAGGAGAGUACGCCUGUAACUGCCCGGAACUCUUCCAUGGCAAGAACUGCGAGCUGAAAAGAGGACCCUGCGAGGCGGAGGGGUUUCCCUGUCAGAACGGCGGCACCUGCCAGGACGAGAAUGGAUUUGCAGACGCAUUCGCCUGCCGCUGCUUGGCUGGAUACAUCGGCAGAUUGUGCGAGACAGAUGUGGACGAUUGCUUGAUGAGGCCUUGUGCCAACGGAGCCACCUGCAUCGAUGGGGUGAACCGCUUCUCAUGCGAAUGUCCUUACGGCUUCCAGGGACGUUUCUGCACGGUCAAUAUCAAUGACUGCGUGGGGAAGCCGUGUCAGAACGGAGGACGGUGCUUUGACCGCGUUGGGGACUACGAGUGUUACUGUGCUGAGGGGUUCACCGGGAAGUCCUGUGAGAUCUCAAUUCCCAGGUCUACAUGGGACUACCAGGUCGGGACAUCGGCGAGGGACCCCACGCCUCAGACGCCGCUGCCAACCAGGACAGUUGGCACAAGCCGCAGGAGUCCCGUUUCCGUGGACAAAGCUGGACACUUCAAAAUCUCGGUCAAGGAAGUGGUGACCCAACGGGAGCAGGGGCUGAGCGAACUGCAGCUAAUCAUCGUCGUCGUGUUUGGGGUCAUCACUGGCCUGGUGGUUCUGCUCACUGUUGGUCUGGUCUUUUGGUACCGACUUCGGGGCACUGCUCAGCCAGGCUGGUGUAGUGACUCUUCGGCAGAUACCAAAACCCACUAUCAGCAGUGCCAAGGGACUGCCCCGGAGAACCGGAAAACGACGGAGCUGUGACCUAUCAAUGUACAUGGAUUCUUAUUGUGACUUUAAAAUGGACAGGACGCCCUGAGGUUGGGCAACGGCAUCCUGGUACCUUAGAAGUACUGCUGCGAUGCCCACAUCUUGGUUUGGAUACGCAGUGCAUUUGAUGGAUAAGGACUAUACAAGGCCUAUGUAUUAAAGUUGCCUUUGGGCCCAACUCCUGCCGUACAUGUGCCUUGGUACUGCCAUUCUUCUGUACUGGUAUCAUGUCACUACAUAAUGGCCUGGGCUGUCGGCACUAAGGCGGGGAGAGGCCUGGCUAGCCAGGACAGGCCCUCAUUGGCGCUCGCUAUACUAGCGCAAGCAACAUGUACAUCUGUGCAUGGGCGCUGUUCUAUGUAGACGCUCUAUCUGUGCUUUGGAUGUGACCCAGGGAAUACCUACUUCUCAAAGGAAGAAUAACAGGAUGUGGAUUGUUUAUAGUGUCACCUGCUUGCCACAUUUCUUACUAUCUCUGGAGAUCUCUGCCAUGCGGAGCGAGAGCGCUCACACCGAAUAGUCAGAGUAAAUAUUCUGUGCAGCGUGGAGAUGACUGCCAUAGUCACAACAGGAUGGGAGCGCCCCCUGCUGACCCAGUCUAUAAUAUAUAUAUACACCCUUUAAAACAUUACCUCCUGUGUACUAUGGACUAAUGUGUAUAAGUAACAGAAGCCUGGUGUUGAUAUAAUGUGGGAAGUGCGCCCUCUGCAGAUCAAUAUAUAGUAAACACCCUUUACACAAAA